ACACUGUCCGGCCUCCUAACUCGGUCACUAUGGCUCCUUUGUCCAUUCUUAACGAUCACCUUCAUACGAGCUUCACAGCUUCUCUCUUUUCACUCAGCGUUCUCGCUGGGUUGUACAUCUGGCGUAGACGGAAUGCGAAGUACGCUGGAAAGCAACUACCACCUGGGCCUCCUCGACUUCCAAUUAUCGGGAACCUUCUUCAGAUGCCAAAGGAUCACGAAUGGCUGGUAUACGAGAAAUGGGCGAAAGAAACAGGUAGCGAGCUCGUCCACUGUGACGUUCUGGGUAGCCAUAUAGUUGUGGUGAACUCUGCAAAAGCCGCCAACGAGAUUUUCGUCAAGCGAUCAGCCAUCUAUUCGGACAGGCCUUUUAUUCCCUCGUUCUCCGUUCUCCUCGGUUUUAACUGGGUCGUAGCCACGUUCCCAUAUGGUGAUCGUCUGAAAGCUGCACGAAAAGCGUUUCACGCCUUCUUCCAACCGUCCGCUGUCAAGGACUACCGACCCAUCGAAUGCACAGCUACUCAUCAGCUCUUACGCCAUCUCGUUCACAAGCCAGCUGAUUUCAAGGAGCAUCUUCGCCACAUGGCUGGCGCAAUCAUCCUCGACAUCGCGUAUGGAAUCAAAGUCAAACCGCAGCACGACCCUUUCAUCGAGACCGCAGAAGGUGGGCUGGAAGCCGUCACUACCAUUGCGUCCAUAGAGGCGCAGAUUUUUGAUUUAUUCCCUGCGCUGCUCAAGUUACCCUCUUGGUUUCCGGGCGUUGGUUAUAAGAAGAAAGCAAGCGAAUUAUGCCAUUGGAGUAAGGAUAUGCUCAACCAUCCUUUUGAAGCGACGAAGGAUUCCUUGGCGAGUGGGACUGCCUCUCCUUCGGUCGCUGCGACUUUGAUCACUCAGCUCGAGAGUAAGAAAUCAUUGCCCGAGGAUGAAGGUGUGGCGAAGGGGCUUACGGCUAAUAUGUAUAUUGGUGGUGCCGAUACGACUGUUUGCGCUCUCGAGAACUUCUUCCUCGCCAUGGCCCUCUGCCCCGAAGCUCAGAGGAAAGCACAAGCUGAAAUAGACUCCGUCAUUGGAAACGACCGGUUACCUGAGUUCUCGGAUAUAGACACGCUCCCGUAUGUCAAGGCUUUGACGGAGGAGGUGUGGAGAUGGCGUAUUGUUGGUCCAUUAGGAUUUCCUCAUAAGCUAACGGAGGACGAUGUGUUUGGAGACUACUUUAUCCCAAAAGGUAGCACCGUGAUCGGGAAUAUCUGGGCGAUUCUACACGACGAGUCCGUCUACGGGCCCGAUGCCAACGAUUUUAACCCAGACCGCUACCUGAAUAAUCCGGACCUCCCUGAACCCGAGGCAGUCUUCGGUUUCGGACGGCGCAUCUGUCCAGGACGCUUCAUGGCUCGUGAAUCUGUUUGGCUGGCUGUGGCAUCAAUUUUGGCUACACUGAAGAUCGAGAAGGCAGUGGAUGAUCAGGGUAAGGAGAUCGAGCCUGUGGACGAUCAUAUGUCGGGGAUCGUUGCGUAUCCUCUCCCUUUCAAGUGCAACGUCAAGCCUCGCUCGCUUACUGCCGAGAAAUUGAUCAUGGCCACCGAAGUAUUCGACUCGGAUUAAAGAGCCAUGGCUCAUAGAUACUAUUUUCUCUCGCUCUUCCUCCUCGCCUUCCGUACUCGUUUUCUAUUUCAUUACCUCCUUUCACCUCAUCCUUUGGUCCAUAACGAUAACUUAAAUCAUUUAUGAUGAGUUCGGUACCCACUCCUGGUGGCUUUUCACAUUUCUUCCUGGGAUUCUUUUUACCCUUAUUAUUGUAGUAUUUUGCCAUGGUGUACGGGAGUAUAUGCGAGCAAACCUCGG